GCAUUACCUGAAACACAAAUUUCCAGCUAUGCAGCUACAUUGCACCGAAAAAAAUCACUGGUACCAGCUCUUUAUAAGGUCAUUCAAGACCCAAAUAAUGAGCUCCUGGAGCCUGUUUGCCACCAGCUCUUUGAACUUUAUCGUAGUUCUGAAGUUCGACUCAAGAGAUUCACACUGCAGUUUUUGCCAGAGUUGAUCUGGGUGUAUCUGCGUCUUACUGCCAGCAGGGAUAGGCAGAGUAAUGGUUGCAUUGAGGCAUUGCUGCUUGGCAUUUACAACUUGGAAAUUGCUGACAAAGAUGGAAACAACAAAGUUUUAUCUUUCACCAUCCCUUCCUUAUCUAAACCCUCAAUAUAUCAUGAGCCCUCUACUAUUGGAUCCAUGGCUUUAACUGAAGGAGCUCUGUGUCAGCAUGAUCUCAUCAGAGUAGUUUACAGUGACCUUCAUCCUCAAAGAGAAACCUUCACAGCACAGAACCGGUUUGAGGUGCUGAGCUUUCUUAUGCUGUGUUACAAUUCUGCUAUUGUCUAUAUGCCUGCCUCUUCUUACCAAUCACUUUGUGGCAUGGGUUCCAGGCUGUGUGUGAGUGGAUUUCCACGGCAGCACGAGAAACGCUGGAAAGAGCACUGUGGUAGAGUGGUGUUAGAUCCUGACUUCAUGGUGCAGCUGCUCACAGGUGUCUAUUACGCCAUAUAUAAUGGUCAGUGGGAUCUUGGCCAGGAGGUACUGGAGGACAUAAUUUACAGAGCACAGCUUGAACUCUACUCACAACCUCUGCUGGUUGCCAAUGCCAUGAAGAACUCGCUGCCCUUCGAUGCUCCUGAUGCAUCACAAGAAGGCCAGAAGGUACUGAAAGUAGAAGUGACUCCAACCGUGCCGAGGAUCUCCCGAACUGCUAUCACAACAGCCUCUAUCCGCCGCCAUCGCUGGAGGAGAGAAGAUGUUGAAGGUGUAAAUGGAAGAGAGGAAUCUAUAAACCUUAAUGAUGCUGAUGAAGGAUUUUCAUCGGGAGCUUCUCUCAGCAGCCAGCCGGUUGGGACCAAACCUCUAUCAUCCAUAUCCCAGAAGAGCAGCUUAAGGAAAAAUGCAAGUGGGCGUUCUGCUAAGGAUAAAGAAACCUCUUCUGCAGCAAAAUCCAAUGAGAGCCCUCGAGAUUCAGUAGCUCAGAGGCAGUACCUGCACCAAUCCACUGACCUUGGUGCAGAUAUAAUUGAGAUGACACCUGCUAAGAAACACCUCAGCCUGCCUGCUGGGCAGGUGGUGCCAAAAGCCAACAGUUUGAGCCUGAUCAGGACCGCCAGUGCUUCCUCCAGUAAAUCCUUUGACUGUGUGAAUGGCAGUCAGGCAGGCUCCAGUGCUGGAGCUGGUACAGAGGGUGUUACCAAUCUAGCGGCUGGCAACACCAAUCGGUUUUCAACCAUCAGCCUACAGGAGGACCGACUAGGCCAAGCUGGGGAAGGUAAAGAUUUCCUUCCCCCAGUAGCUCCCCUGACCAAGCAGUCUCGAUCUCCAAGUUGCAAUAUGCAGCUGAUAUCCCAGGUGUAACUUUGACUCUCUCCUUAGGACUCCUCCUUCCCCUUUUAAUCCCCAGGCAAGUUCAUCCUUAAGCAAAACAUGAACCGUCAUCCUGCAGUGUGAAAAUACUGUUGUGAUCUUGUUUGAUUUGUUUUAGCUAUCAUACUGUAUUACUGAAACAGCAAUAAUUCUUUCCUCACCUUCAUCCUCCUCCCCACCUUGUAAACAUGGUUGUGAAGCAGUAUAUAAUGUACUGUAUGCCUUUUUCCAUGCCUUCCUUUCUCCUUGGGUGAUGUGCAAUCCAUCGUAGGCUGAUCAGUCCCAUUUCAACACUGUGAGACUGGAGACACCGGCGGAAAUGGUGAAUGUGAUCCCUAUGAGAUGAUGCUUUGGCUUUGUUAAGAAAUACAAACGGGUUUGUUUUCUCAGUCUACAGUACUGCAAAGACUACUGGAUCAUGACUUUUCUUUCUCAGAACCAGGAGUGCCUCAGAGAUUCUAGUGUGACUUUGGACCUCUGAGUCUCUGCAAUCAGUUCUGGGGAGGGGAUUGUCAUUGCUGCUCCUGGCUGCCUACAGCACUUUUUUCAUUAAAAUGAGGGUAGUUUUUUCUUGC